AUGCGCUUUCUUGAGCUCAGGGGCAAGAGCCUCAUUGCGGUUAUUCUAUUGACCUCUGGUCUUGACUUCCUCUUGUUCGGAUAUGAUCAAGGCCUGUUCGGCGGUAUUCUAGGAGGCCAACGCUUCAAAGACACCCUCGGCAAUCCAAACCCAACGAUGACUGGACUGGUCACGGCUAUCUACGAUAUUGGGUGUGCUCUUGGUGCCGUUGUUGCUUUCGUCUUCGGCGAGCGGAUCGGACGCAAGCGUUCAAUCAUCCUCGCCAACCUUAUCGUCGUAAUCGGUGCUGCCAUACAGACCGCUAGUUUCGACUACUGGCAGAUGUUUGUCUCGCGCAUCAUUGGUGGCAUCGGCGUCGGUCUGUCAACGGUCGCGGUACCAAUUUUACAAUCAGAGACAUUGCCUGCGCACAACCGUGGUUCACUUCUCGUUGUUCAGUCCGCUUUGAUCAUUAUCGGAGUUGCGGUCGCGUCUUGGCUGUGCUUUGCGACGUUGUAUGCCAAUAGCUCGCUGCAAUGGCGCUUUCCUGUCGCUUGUCAAAUCUUGUUCUCGCUCAUGGUAUUGGCGCUUUGCCCGUUCUUGUGCGAAACACCAAGAUGGCUAGCAUCGCGUGGAAAGAUCGAUGAGGCGAAGUACACCAUCAGUCGACUUUUGGACAAGCCUCUGGACGAUGAAGAAGUGCAAGGCCAACUACAGGAGAUUCUCGACGCUAUCGCAGCAGAGAGCAGUGAGGAAGAACCCACCUGGGGCGAAGUCUUCAGCAACGCUACCAAGACCCGCAAUCUACAUCGUGUUGUUCUCGGGAUGGGUCCGUACAUGAUGAACCAAUGGAGCGGCAUCAACGCUCUGUGUUACUACCUCGCCUACAUCUUCCAGCAAUACCUCGAUUACACCCCCAGCAUGUCUCUCAUCCUUGCUUCGGUGGCUUUCACUCAGUAUGCCGUGUUUUCCUGGCCACCAUACUUUUACAUCGACAAGAUCGGGCGCCGGUGGUCAGUCAUAGGCUCUUCAGCCGGUUGCGCAGCAUGCAUGGCUAUCAUCGCCGGAUGCCUGGCCAAGAACAGCUACGCUAGCGCAGCAGCAGCAGUAGCCUUCAUCUUCCUGUAUCUCGACUGCUUCACUCUCGGUAUAUUGCCCGUAUCAUGGUCCUACUCAGCCGAAAUCCAACCUCUCCGUGUCCGCAACAAAGCAACAGCGGUCGGCGUCUUCUCGCACUGGAUGUCGAACUUUGUCGUUGUAAUGGUUACUCCAAUUGGUCUUGAUAACAUCCGCGGUCAUUAUUUCUGGGUCUGGGCUGCUGUCUGCGCAUCUUUUGUACCCCUCACCUACUUCUUUGGUGUCGAAACUUCUGGACGCACGCUCGAGCAGAUUGAUAUCAUGUUUUACGAGGAGCCAAGAAUCUGCAUGGGACUCAAUAAGGAGAAUCGAAGAGUUGUGAGGGCGAGCAAGUCAGACGAGGAGAAGAGAUAUAGGGAGUUUGCGCAUGCCAACGAGAAGAACCAGGCUGUUAUGGAGGAGAGGAUAAGCCAGAGUGAUUAG